AUGUAUAACUCUCACAUAGGCACUCCUAGACAACCAACAAAUGUAGAGUGUGGCUAUUACGUGAUGCGUUUCAUGAGAGAUAUAAUUCAUGAUCAAGGCCUAGCAUUUGAGAAGAAGUUUGACAAGAAAAAGGAACCAGUUGAGUAUACACAAGAACAUAUUGAUGAAGUCAGGCUGGAAUGGCAGAAUUCGUGA